GUAUUUGUUGAUAUUUCAAAAGCUUGUGGAGAAGCUGCGGAUGUUGUGCCCAUGACAGCCAUGCUGACUUUAUUCUUUGCCCUCGUUGUGUUCCGAUGGUGGAAGGUGUACGACUUCCUCCCGUGGCCGGAAUCAAUCGCUCUGUAUUUGACCACGAACCUUUUUGGACACGACGAAAGAGCUCGACUAAUGAGGCAAACUAUCGUCCGCUACGUGAAUUUCUCUUUGGUGCAAACGAUGGCUUUGCUGAUACCAUCUGUUCAGAAGCGAUUCAACUCCUGGAAAGACUACGUCUCUUACGUGCAUGAUUGUGUCAUUAAUUAUUUCCAUGACAAAAUUAUGCCAAUGAUGUUGCAGGACGAAAGAGCUCGACUAAUGAGGCAAACUAUCGUCCGCUACGUGAAUUUCUCUUUGGUGCAAACGAUGGCUUUGCUGAUACCAUCUGUUCAGAAGCGAUUCAACUCCUGGAAAGACUACGUCUCUUACGGACUCAUAACCGAAGAUGAGAAGAUUUUGUUGGAAGAAAUUGAAAAGGUGAAGGGGAUCCAGCAUUUGUAUCACGUCCCUUUGGUCUGGGCAUCCACGAUAGUGAAUCGUGCCCGAAGAGAAGGACACAUUCCCAGCGACAAGUCCAUGCUGAAAAUUCUGGACCAAAUUUCAGAUUUCAGACGACGAUGCGGCUCGAGUCUUCAAGUGGCGCUCGUCAAUGUCCCUCUUAUCUUUCUUCAGGUGGUGAGCCACCCUCAGAUGAACAUGAAACGUAACUGCGACAAACGGUCGGUUCACCAAAAGUUUCCGCUACUGCUCGUGAAGCACCGGAAGAAGGUUGGUAUAUAUCGGAACACGGUGGGAGUCUACUUGUACUUUGCAUUGACGCUGUUUGCCAGCCAAGUGGUUUUCAAAGGCGAUGACGAGCACUUCGUGGCCUUCUUCCCAUUCACUGCAGUGGUGGAGUUGUUCUUGUACUUGGGCUGGCUCAGGGCCUGUGAGGCCUUGGUGUGUCCACCAGGAUCACCGGGCGACGAAGACCUCGACCUCAACUGGCUCAUCGAUCGCAACAUUCGGGUCUCAAAUUCGAUGGUUACCGACAUGCACGGGGAAUAUCCGGAAAUCGUGGUAGAAUGGGACAGGCUCAUCCCACAUGAAACAUCCUCGACCCUGCUGGACAAAAAGGGUCAUUUCCGGACAACAUUCCACCGCUUGUUGAGCAAAACGAGUCCAGCCGUGGGCAAUUUUUCCCGGGGGUUUUUCAUCUUCGGAGGCUCCCGGAGCGUUUUGGAGGGUCAAAAAGAAGUGGACAAUUGCCAGAACGGACCCCAGACGCAUUCCGAUGCCCAGGAAUCCGACCCAGGUCUCAACUCCAUCACCGUUUUUGGAGAUACGCAUUCAAAGGAACACGCAGUAAAAAGCAGGAAGCAACGCUUGUCUUUGGCCAUUCCGAAACUGUCGAUCAUCCCAUCAGCAGAUGAAGAAUUUUUCAGCGCAGCUGUUCCAUCAGCAGCCGACGACUCCAUUAUGCAACUUUCCGCAUCAGAAAGGUCAUCUGAGACCGAAGAAGUGGAAUGGAGAAGACCGGGAACAUUGCCCAUGAUGAGAAAGUCGAGGCCUUGGAAUUUGCGAAGAGAAUCACAUUUACCUGACGAAGCAGUCAGCACGCCGAAAACCAGUCCCGUGCAAAUGGAUUUCCUCAAAGUUCCUUCUCCGCACAGAGUUCCCAUUUUCCGGUUUGGCAGUUCAAGCGAGUCGAUUGAUGAUCCCUUCUGAAACCUUUUUUUUUUAAUUCGGACUAUGCGUCAUAUCGAAAUUUGGUUGAAUUGAGAGCGAAAUAAAAUUCAAGGUCGGAUGACUUUGAUGAAUAAAUACUCCCC